AUGGUCACUGAAACUAUUAUCGACACGGCUCCAGGUGAUCCUGGAAAAUCACCUCAAGCUGAAGUUAAAUCAUACCCCUUGGACGGUGUGGAGCUCGACUCCGUCUCCAAUGAGGAUCUAGCAAAACUUCUCUUCACGGCGCCUGUUCUGUAUGAAGCCGGCAGCAACAGAAUUGUGCGAAUCUCGAAAGAAAUGGUUUUAAAGGGCUCUGGCACAGUAUCGAAAUGUGAAGGCGAAACACAGCGAUUCGCCGCAGCUCAUGGAUUGCAAGUGCCAACAGUUCAUCGCAUCUUUUCUCUAAUAGGGUUUUACCCAGGCUGGCCCGAAGAGACAGGUUGGUUUAUGGUCAUGGACUUCGUACCCGGUACCUCACUUGAAGAUGCCUGGCCAGAUCUAGACACAGAAGCGCGUGAGUCUGUUACGGCCGAGGUUGCCGAGAUGAUCAACAAAAUGCAAUCGCUCGACUUAGUUGGCAUGCCUCCGGGCCCUAUCGGACAUGAAGGGGACGAGCCGUGGCGGGGUCCUUACUUCACUGCUUACGGAACAGGGCCUUUCCGUACUUUGAAAGAGAUGGAGGAUUGGUACAACCAUAAAUUAGACGUAUGCAUACGACUCACACAGGCGAAAGCCGACGUUCCACGAUUUGCCUUCGAGAGAGCGGUGCUUACGCAUCAAGAUAUUGCUCCACGAAAUCUCGUUAUUAGAGAUGAAGACCAAAAGAUAUGUCUCAUUGAUUUUAGCAUGAGCGGAAUUUAUCCGGUUGGCUUUGAGCAAGCUGCUUUGGCAAGGCAGGCUUUCGGCAAGUGGGACAAAGAAUUCAGAGAGAUGGUUCUUUCAAAGCUGGCAUACCGAGGAGAUCUAGAGCUACGACAACUCAGAAAUGUCAUGUAUGGUCUCACCACGGGAGUUCUCCUGUAA